CUCUGAUGACCUUGACGACGCGGUUGUACUGCCAGGCUCAGCGCAGCCCACAAGACCUCAAAGAAGCGCUCGCUCACGCCAUCUCCCGCUGCUGCUCCGCCCACCAUCUCCGGGGCCUCCAUGGCCGAGCCAUCGCCUUCGGACUCCGUCACAACCUGUACGUAGCCAGCCUCCUUAUCGCCCGAUACUUCCAUUUCGGUGACCCCGCAACCGCCCGCUUAGUCUUCGACGAUGGCCGACGAGGGGGACCGUCGAAGACCCUCCUCUGGAAUUCUCUUAUUAGAGGAUACCUCAACAACGGCCGGCCUCGGUCGGCCUUGCACGUCUAUCGUGAAAUGGUGGCGGCGCGGCCUCUGGCGCAGUGCGAGCCGGACAGGGUGACCUUUCACCUCGUCAUCACGGCUUGCACCCAUUUGUCCGAAUUCGAUUUGGGUUCGAGAGUUGGAGGACAUGCUCGGGCCAAAGGGCUCGAUUCCGAUCUCAUGGUGGGGACGGCGCUUCUUGAUAUGCACGGUAAAGCCGGGGAGAUUGGAUCCGCUCGAAAGGUGUUUGAUGGAAUGGCUUCCAGAGAUGUGGUAGCUUGGAACGCCAUGAUCGCGGGGUACUCGAGAGUUGGAUCCUUCUACGAGGCUGUCAGUUUGUUUAAUGUCAUGAGGCUUGGCCAAGGAGUUCUACCCAGCGAGGCUACUCUGGUUAGCUUAAUCUCCGGCUGUGGGCGUUCUGGUUCUCCCAAGGACGGAGAGGCCAUACAUGCUGAUGCAAUCAAGCUUGGUUUUGAGGCCAGUUUGUUUGUCUUGAAUUCUCUAAUUGAAAUGUACACCAACUGCGACUGCUUGGGUGUGGCAUGCAAAUUAUUUGACAGGAUGGUGUUUAAGGAUGCCGUCUCAUGGAGUACCAUGAUUGGUGGAUAUGUCCAACACAAGCGGCCAUAUGAUGCCCUCAAACUGUUCGAAUGGAUGAUCAUGAACACACAAACUCCUCCUACCAGAUCCAUUUUGGUCAACGUAAUUCUUGCAUGCGCAGACUUGGGUGAUUGGGAGGAAGGUAAACUGAUCGAGGAAAAGUACUUAACUAGCAAGCAAAGCGAAUCUGCAUGGGACCCAAGUAUGGUUACUACACUCGCCUACAUGUAUGCCAAAUGUGGGAAGUUGGAUGUUUCACUCAACCUUCUGGAUAGAGUUGAAGUGAGAGGAGAUACGAUUGCAUGGAAUGCAGUGAUGAAGGCCUAUGCUGAGCUUGGAAUUGUCGAUAAGGUUUUAUAUCUCACGCUUGUAAUGCAAAGGAGAGGCAUCAAUCCUGAUCUGGUUACCAUCGUUACUUUGCUUUCCGCUAUAUCCCAUACCACAUUUUUGAAAAAAGUGAUGGAAGCACAUGCACAGAUUAUUAAAAGAGGCUUUGAAAUGGAAAGACAGAUCGCAAACUGUCUUGUCGAUGCGUAUGCCAAGUCCGGAAGCAUUACAGACUCGAGCAAGGUAUUUGAUGACAUUGCAGAGAAGGAUGUGGUUUCGUGGAGCACAAUGAUAAAAGCUUUUGCAUGGGAAGGGAAAGUAGCUGAAGUCCUCAAUCAUUUUGAGCUAAUGAGGGAAACAGAUACAACGCCAAACCAUUUUACGUUUCUUUCACUGCUAUCUGCUUGCAGCCAUGCAGGUCUUGCAGAGAAGGGGUGGAAAAUUUUCAAUUGUAUGAAAGAGGAAUAUGGCUUGGAACCGGGUGUCGAACAUUUAACUUGCCUGGUGGAUAUGUUCUGCCGAGCUGCAAGGUUGUCUGAUGCAUACAGUUUGCUAAAAAAUGUGAUGCAAAGAACCAUCAGUCAUGCUGCCUUGUGGAAUACUUUGCUCAGUGCUUGCAGAUUGCAUGGUGAUGUUGUGAUCGGGGAAGCUGCUGCCAGGCAUCUCUUCCAGUUGGAACCAGAAAAUGCAGCGAAUCACAAGAUGCUCGCAAACAUAUAUAUUUCAGCAGGGAGAAGAGAUGAUGCUAAUGGUGUUCUAAGAUUGCUGAAUGCAAAUGGCUUGGACAGUAUGCCUGGAUGCAGUUGGUAUGAGGCAGGUUAAAGAUGUUCCUUGGUAAUGGAAUAUGUAAUGCGACUUGGAGUGAAGGUUUUGCUUUUGUGACAGUCAAACCAUCAAAUGUGCUACAAGAUCAGCCCAUACCUGAAGCAAAUGGAUGUCAUGGUAGAUUAAUGGACCUGUUUUUAUUUGGUUUUUCCUCAAAGUUAUCCAUUGAAGGUGGUAUCAUAAACAUCAACAAUAGUGUGAAUAAUAGAUUUAAUUUAAAAAAUGAAAAUCAAAACUACAGUGUGGUAAGGAAGGAGCAAAUUUAGAUGCAAGAAGAAUAUAAAUGCAAGGUAGAUGGUUGACCAACUACUCGUACUAAUUAUUUUGUUAGCUUUUCAAGUUCAACUUGAUGUUAUUAGUGUGUUAUAUUUUUCUUUUCAUUUUCUAGGAGAGGCAGCAUGGCUUUGACCUGUGGCCUAUUCUCAUGUCUAAAGCAUUCUGAUUGCAACCACAGAGGAAGAUAUAAUAUUGGAUCAGUUUCACAUAGAAUGGUGAAAGAAUUAGAACAUUUUUUUAAUACCUUCAAGCUUUUGACUAUUAGGAACAAAGGUCCCGAUUGGAUUCAUGUAGGAUUAAUUGUCAGCUCAACUUCUUCUGGAUACGUAUAAUUGAUAUUGGCACCUGUUCAAACUGAAAUUUAAUAGGUCUAGCCACAGAAUAAUAUUGUUGUAAAUUCAUGUACCUUUUUUGUAGGGAAAAAUACAUGAUUCUUUAGGCAAGAUCGUAUAUACAAUGACACUUGUAUUGUUUUAGGUUCCUGUUGAAGCAUUCGAUAGCAUUUUCACAAACAUAGCAAAGAUAUUAAUGGAAGCCAAAUAUGCGGAGGAUCAUCUGAAACAGCAGCUUAUGCUCUCUCUCUCAAUGUUCAUGCUCAAAGGAGAUACAGGGUACACGGGAGGUUAUACCUUAUCCUUUCUCAAUGUCAGUUGACUCAUGAACGUUUAGAACUGCUGUUUUCAAAGAUGUGAGGAAAUUAAGAUCAAAAUUGCUGUUGCUGCUUGUGGGAUUUGGAUGGCCAGGAAUACUAACACAUACGUGGGAAGAUCAUGGAACUCUACAUGGGUGCUGUGGUAUAUUGGUGGCAUGGUUAAAUCUUUGCAGGUAGGACAACAUCAGCAGGAGAUUCAAGACAGCUCGGGAGCAAAUUGAAAGUGGAUACCGCCUCUGCAGGGCGAAUGUAAGCCAAUUGUGGUAGCGCCUGCUGUCAUGAAACGAAAUAUAGUUGACAAGGUGUGACCAUUGGAGAUGCAUGCGGCCAUGUUGUAGGGUCCAGAUGACCCAUUGCAACGUGCUCAAAAGGUAUUUAUAAUGUCAAGAUCUUGGCAGUUCAUGAAGGAAUGGUUUUUGAGCAAUAUCACCAGCGAACGCAGAGGAUGAGUAGUUGGUGUCAUGUUAGGAUGAGUGUAAUGCCAUCAAGAUUUCCUCAUUGCUGUAGAUUGGAUCCUAAAAGUCAGAAGUUACCUUCCCGCAGGAGAAAAUGAUGGCGAACUCUCAAGAAAUUGCUGCAUGGACUUCUUUUCUUGUAGUUCCAGAAAUUGAGCGUUGGUGGAACCAUACUUUUUAGAUCAAUGUCGAUGAGGCUCAUCAUUGGUCAUUACUGAUGUUAUCACUUUGGCUAGUAAGAGACUUUCCACUCUGAAAUAGAUUUUUCUGUUUCGGGAUGGAAUCAAAAGGUGGCAUUCGGGAGGAGUGGCUUUUUGACUUUUUAAUGAGGCAUUCAUCAAACGUUUUAUUUUGCUCCCCAACCAAUAUGAGACCAGACCAAAUGAGGAGGCUUAUACAGACUGCUAAAUCGACUGUGUCAUGGUCCUUCAUUUAAAUCUCUUUAAAUGGGAGCACAGUUGAGCACACUCCCAUCCUGGAUGAACUUUCAUGCUCAGCCUAUACACCGCUGGCGUAACCUGAACCUGGCUUGGUGGCUCUAUUCCUCCUGGCGAUCGAGAACCACUGCCCGCACAGCCUCUGAGGCAAGAUUGGUAGAACAAAAAUUCACUUGAUGUUUAAACCUUACGGGUCCACUGUCUUGGCCUACCUUCCCCACCUCGAGGUUUGAAUCGAAAUGGUCCAGCUGAUGAAUCUUGAAUUGGCUUGGAAACACUGCACCUUUGCCUGGCUUCCCAAUGACAACAAGGACAGCGUGUGGGGGGGCCUUCCCUUGCAGGCUUGCAGUGAUUAGAUUUUUUUCCAUGAAGCAGCUUUUGGAACCCAGAACCAGCUGUUGACUCGGAGCUAAAUGACGCAGGGCACUGGGGACCCACCGAAAGAUCAAGAAACACACACACAUGUUAUCUUACAUGGCAUCCGGAGAGACUUUAAAGAACAUGGUUGGGGUGGCAGCAGCUUCAUGGAUAUGUCUGUGUUUUGGAGGAUGUUGUGGAAUUAAAUU